UCGAAAUUUAUAAAAAUCAAGCACUCCGAGUCCUUUUAAUGUAAUUUCGCGACACAUAUUAAUUUUUUUUAUACGAAGUUGAAAAUAAAUAAUAAAAAUGUCAGUUAUAUACGUGGGCAAAGAAAGCUAUUUUCAUGGCAAAUCAUUAUUCCAGAUUGCAAGAAAAUACAGAAAUGCUGGAAUCGGAAGAAUGGUUAUGAGAAAAAAAUGGGAUCGGUAUGAGGAACCAUCGUACUACAGACUUACCCAAGUUGUGCCUGCAAUGAACGUCAAGGGUUACCACAAAGGACUAGCCUUCGGGGAGAAGGUGUUCAGGGGCAAGAACUAUGGCGUGUGCAGAAUUGAUUCUGGCUACAAGUUUGAUUGGAUUUUGGUGCCAAAAGAACAAGAACAAGCUAUCAUUGACUCAGUUAAAUCGUCCUAUCCAACAAAAGAAACUGUUGUUCCAUACGAGGUUACUGUUCCUCCUCUCAUGAAAAUGUUUAUAAGUGGUGAGCUGAAGGCCCAUGGGUAUAGAGUUUCAGAAGACAUGUUUGUGACAAAGAGAAAAAUUAUCAAGAGUAAGUACAGCUUUGCUAAGCUGGAUAAAAGUGCUGAAGAUGUUCCCCCUGCCCCAGAGUACAAACUCAUGAUGAAGCAAGUGAAGAGGUCGAUAAAGAAAUCGGAUGAAAAGGAAAUCAGUUGAAUGUUGCUUUUGGUAAAUCAACUGUGUAAGAUAUUCUUAUAAAAUAAUCAUAAAUCUGGA